AUGGCCGCCCGCCUGACCUGCUGCCUCCUGCUGUGGGCCCUGGGCCAUGGGGGCUGCCGCUCGCCCGCGGGGGAGGGCGCCGGCAGCGCGCCCGCCUGCCCCGUCCAGCCGCCGGCCGAGCCGGACUCGUCCGCCCCCGGCCGCGACCCCCGCGGCGGCUCUUCGCCGCCCCCUGGGCUGGGCGGCAUCGCUCAGGACAUGGUAGCUGUCCACAUGCUUAAGCUCUACGAGAAGUACAACCGGGAAGGGAGCCGGCCCGGCGACGGCAACACGGUCCGCAGCUUCAAAGCCAGGCCGGAAUUCUUGGCCCAGAAACCCUUGUACUGUUUCAAUCUGACAUCCAUGCAAGAUUCAGAAAUGAUCCUUGCUGCCACUUUUCACUUCUACGCUGACAAACGCCCUCGGCACCGGGAAGUGUUUUGUAAACGCUCUAAGAACUCGUCCUGCCGCCUUCUCCACCUGCCUCCAGUCCUACGGCUCAACCUAGUUUUCCAAAGCAUUCACCAGAAUUCUGCCUAUGGUCUAGUGAAAGGGAACUUCACUGUGCUUCUUCAAAGGCGAGGGACUUGGCAUGCAAAGGACAUUUCACACAUUGUAAAAGAGUCAAAACGAGCUGGAGAGCUCAUUCUCUGUGCUGAGCUUGAUUCUGGGGAGAAACACCAGGGCUUCCCCGAACAGGUUGCCAGCCAUUUCCCUUAUAUACUGGUUUAUGCCAAUGAUCUUGCAAUCUCUGAACCUAACAGUGUGGCAGGCACCCUACAACGUUAUGAUCCAUUCCCUUCCAAUGAUGGGGACCCAAAUCUAUCCCCUAAUGCUUCUACUGAUACUCGAGUUAGGAGGGAUACUUACGUUGCUAGCUCCAUUCAGAACAACGAGUUGCCAGAAGUAGAUUAUAACAACAAUAAAUACAACAAACAUGACAUAUGGGAGAAUGCCUACAGAUCCUUGAAACCAAAAGCUUCACGCAAAGAUCGAAGGAGAAAAGGGCAGGAAAAUACAGAAACACUUAAAAAGUCUCAGGUGCUAAAUUUUGAUGAGAAAACAAUGAAGAAAGCAAGACGAAAACAAUGGAAUGAGCCAAGGAUUUGUUCAAGAAGAUACAUGAAAGUUGACUUUGCUGAUAUUGGCUGGAAUGAAUGGAUCAUAUCUCCCAAAUCAUUUGAUGCCUACUACUGUGCAGGUGCAUGUGAAUUUCCAAUGCCCAAGAUUGUCCGGCCAUCAAAUCAUGCUACAAUUCAGAGCAUCGUAAAAGCAGUAGGAAUCAUUCCUGGCAUCCCAGAACCCUGCUGUGUUCCUGACAAAAUGAGCUCACUCAGUGUCCUGUUCUUAGAUGAGAACAAAAAUGUUGUUUUAAAGGUAUAUCCCAAUAUGUCAGUUGAAACUUGUGCCUGCCGAUAA